AUGAAUGUUCGAGAUAUUUUAUAUGUUAAAGAUAAGGUUAUACAUCAAUUAUCAGUAUCAUAUAAGGGUGUCACUUGUUUCCUAAAUACAAUUGGUCCAAAAAUUCGUGUUAAUUUUAAAAAAAGUUUUGAAAAAUUCCAUGAAGAUAUUUCACCUUUUGUAGAGGAAAGUGGUAAUGAUUUAUUAGAAAUAUUUAAACCUGUUACAUUGGCAAAUGAGAAUAAUUUUGAGUUACAUAAAAAUGGAUGUGUUGAAAUAUAUCUAAGUCUUGCUGUAAUGUUCAUUGGUCUAACAUCAGGAGAAUUAUUUGGAAAUACAUUAUUUGGUAAUAUUCUUAGUUAUAUAUUUACACCAUCAGUUGAAGUGUUUGUUAUGAUUACUUUUCCACUAAGUUUAUUUUUAAAAAGUUAUGAAGAUAUCUGUUAUGAUGAAAUAGAAAGAAAAAAAGAAUUAUUUUUGAUAUCUUUGAUUACAGGUACAUUUAUUGGACAUUUAUUUGGUAAAGAAGUAACAUACUACUAUCCAUCAAUCUAUUUUAUUUUUCUUUUAAUAUUAACUAUUUUGAUUGACAAUGACAAAACAAAAUUUAAAGAGAACAUGUCAACAAGUAACUCAAAUAUGAUGCAAAUUCUUUUUAGUGGAGCUCUUACAUUUCUUUUUAUGGCAACAUUUUCUAUUUUAACAAUAAAAGGAUCCCUCAUAUUAUUUAUCCUUAUUUUUAUAACAUAUCUUCAUAUAGAAUUUUUAGGAAGACAUGUCACAACAAAAUUAGUUUCCAUUGGAACAAAUCAAUUUAUUUAUGUUGCACUUUUUGUCAUAAUUCAAAUUAUUUUUGCAGUAUUAUAA